CGGGUCUCACCUAAUCCGCUCCCGCUUCUGGAGGGGUCAUACUGAAUCGGGCUCGGCUCCAAAACUCCUCUCCGCUCUUCUGAAAAACCCUAAAAGAACCCUACCUGACGCGAUACCAUAGAAGAAGAAGAAAAAUGGGGGGAAAGAAGAACAAGGGCGGGAGCACCGAAUCGCUUACUGCAGCAGCAGAGGAAAAUGCGUCCAAGAAGAGAAAGCUUAUCCCGUCUCUGAUAAAGAACAAGGAGAAGAGAUCCGCCGUCCAUGCCAAGCUCAAGCACGAGAAGAAGGUCGAGAAGAGAAAGCGAGCCAAACUCCGCGAUGCUGCCAUCGAGAAGGCCAUUGAGCUCGGCGAAGAGCCUCCUGCUCCGAAGAUCCCUCGCACGAUUGAGAACACGAGAGAGGCCGAUGAGACCGUUUGCAAGCCAGAUGAUGAAGAGUUGUUUGCAGGAAAUGAUGCAGAUGAAUUCAGUUUGGUUCUUAAACGAGAAUGUACUCCAAAGAUACUGAUCACUACAUGUCGGUUCAAUUCUAGUAGGGGUCCUGCCUUUAUUGCGGAGCUGUUAUCUGUGAUCCCAAAUGCACACUACUAUAAAAGAGGAACCUAUGACUUGAAAAAGAUUGUAGAAUAUGCAACCAAUAAAGAGUUCACCUCAAUUAUUGUUGUCCACACCAACCGUAGGGAACCUGAUGCACUUCUAAUUAUGGGCUUACCAAAUGGACCUACUGCACAUUUUAAACUCUCAAGACUAGUACUACGCAAAGAUAUUAAGAAUCAUGGCAAUCCAACAAGCCAUAUGCCUGAGCUAGUAUUGAACAACUUCACAACACGUCUUGGUCAUCGUAUUGGGAGGUUGAUACAAUCAAUGUUCCCUCAAGAUCCGAACUUUCGUGGUCGGCGAGUUGUAACCUUCCACAACCAGCGUGACUUUAUAUUCUUUCGCCACCACAGGUACAUUUUCGAAAGCAAGGAAAGCAAGAAAAGUGACUCAAAAGUCAAGGCAGCGACGAGUGGAAAGGCCAAGGGCUCCAAGGGCGAGGACGUCCCUCAAGAGAAUGUGAUCGCACGCCUUCAGGAGUGUGGCCCACGCUUUACACUGAAGUUGAUCAGCCUACAGCAUGGGACAUUUGAUACAAAAGGUGGGGAAUUUGAGUGGGUUCACAAGGCGGACAUGGACACCAGUCGCAGGAGAUUUUUCUUAUGAGUUGCGUCAACAUUUUUUUUCCCCCCUUACGAGUUGCGUCGACAAUAUGUUUUUUUCACUGAGUUGCUUGGUGGCAGGGGAGAGGAUUGUUUUCAAGGUCAAAGAUCUGUAAUUGCAUAUAUAUAUAUAUAUAUAUAUAUAUCCUUGGUAUGGGCGCAUAGGUCAUUGUUGAAUGUUUUGUAGCCAGAUCUUGCAUGGGCUCUGAGCACUCUCUUAGCUUCCAUUCUAAUUAAAUAACAAUGCAAUUUAUGCAAGUAAUUUUUGUAUUUUCAUCUUUAUGCGAUUUGAUUGUUUUGUAUUGUAGUCAA